AUGGCUUCGCUGUUCCAGCUGACGUCUUUCUGUGUGGCUUUUGUCUCCACCCUCUUCCUGGUCGCGGCCACUUGGACGGAUUGCUGGAUGGUUAACGUUGAUGACAGCUUAGAGGUCAGCCACAAAUGUCGAGGGCUUUGGAGGGAGUGUGUCAGCAACUUGAAGGACGGCAUUAGGACCUGUGACCUGUAUGAUUCCAUUUUAGCAGAACAUCCCUUAAAGAUAGUGGUGACUCGGGCCUUACUGAUCACGGCAGACAUCCUCUCAGGCUUCGCUUUGGCGCUGCUGGCAUUGGGCCUGGACUGCAUCAAAUUCCUGAAGGACGAGCCAGAAAUCAAGCUGAAGAUGCGCUAUGCGUCCGGAUUGGUGCUCGGGUUCGGAAGUGUCCUCGGACUGGUGGGCUCAGUGUGGUACGCCAUCGAUGUCUACCUGGAGAGGGCCAGGCUCAUGGUGCAUAACAUGUUUUUGGGCGUCCAUUAUGACUUCGGCUGGUCCUGCUGGCUAGGCAUGGCCGGCUCCACAGGAGGCUUUCUGGCAUCCCUCGUGGUGACUUGCUGCCUUUACAACGCCACAGCUUCCUCCCGGAGACGUCAACGGCUCACGUUCCAUACACGGGCCGUCACCUGCAAGAUGUAUGCCGUCGCUUCUCAAGUCUGA